UUUUAAGUUUUAAUCACUUGGCUGUGUUAGAAUGAUGUCACCCGUUUGCUUUUAGUUGCCAUUAUCUCAAACUUGUUGACCAGGCAGCUUAAAGUCUCUUAAGUGACACUGCGAAGAGAAACAUGGCUUCCCACAACUCCAAAUGUCACAGAGUAGACAAAUCCUACGUUAGGCUAAGUGGCUAACGUGAAAUAGCAUUAGCAUCAUUCAAUUGUACCUUCUAAAUUUGCUGCGUCGAUUUUCCGCGAGUAAUCCCGUUUAACACUCCCUUUCGUCCUUUCACGGUGACUAUAAUGAGCGUUGUGGAAUCUUAGGUGCUAGUUUACUCAUAAUAGUGUAUGUUAAAUGUGACGUUCAUGUCUUGACAAAUUACUUUCGACCAUGUAGCACUUCGUGCCAUUUGUCAAAAUACUGCACCACAAGCUGGCCGUUGUUCUUAUUCAAAUAUUGAGUCAUCUUUGUGUUCAAUAUACAUUUACUUUAUAACCCACUGGAGAAGGUUUCAAGUAAACCGUCUAGUCUACUCUUUUUGAACCAACGGGCCAUGACUCUCUCCUGAGGCUUAGGUCAAGUAGAGCAUCCCCCUCCUGCUUAUUCUCAUCAUGUCCUCCACCUCUUCCUACUCCUCCUCUGGAGAAACUAGUCCAGAGGAUGUGCCCCGAGGUGGGGGCACCAUCCGAGUCUACCUCCCCAACAAGCAGAGGACUGUGGUGAAUGUUCGGCAAGGACAGACGGUGUAUGAGAGUCUAGAUAAAGCACUCAAAGUGAGAGGCUUAAGCCAAGACUGCUGUGCUGUAUAUCGCCUUCUAGAAGGUCGUAAGAGACUGACAGAGUGGGAAACGGACAUCACUCCUUUGGUUGGAGAGGAGUUACUAGUUGAAGUCCUGGAUGAUAUUCCUCUGACCAUGCACAACUUUGUACGGAAAACCUUCUUUAAACUGGCUUACUGUGAUUUUUGCCACAAGUUUUUAUUUAAUGGCUUCAGGUGUCAGACAUGUGGCUACAAAUUUCACCAGCACUGCAGUAGCAAGGUGCCUACUGUUUGUGUCGACAUGGACACAGUAAGCAAACAGCGUCCCUGCACAGAUGAGUAUCCUCAGAUACUACUGCCAGAAAAUUCCCCAUCACAGAGUAACGUACCCUUAACCCCAGAGCCUCAUGGGCUGGACCUUCUGUCCCCACCACCAGCCUUUCGCUUCCCCAAUCCCAGUGGAGAUGGCCAGUCUCUACAAAGACAUCGUUCCACCUCAACACCCAAUGUUCAUAUGGUCAGCACAGUGAGCCCUGCUGUUGCCAGCCUUAUAGAGGAAGCGGUGAAAUUUAACAACAUAACAGGUCCUGAGCCAUCACCAAAGCCAUCCACCAGCCCACCUUCUUCUUUAGGUUCUCCAGGAAGAAGACCACCCAAAUCCCCUUCAGAACACAAAGAACGAAAGCCCUCCUCUUCAGAUGACAAAAAGAAAGUACAUCGAGGGGGCUACAGGGACUCUAGUUACUACUGGGAGGUCCACUCCCGAGAAGUUACAAUCCAGAAGAGAAUAGGAGCUGGCUCCUUUGGGACUGUAUUCAAGGGCAAGUGGCAUGGGGAUGUAGCGAUCAAGAUCCUUAAAGUCACAGAGCCGACACCAGAGCAGUUACAGGCCUUUAAAAAUGAAAUGCAGGUCUUACGGAAAACCCGCCAUGUCAACAUCCUGUUGUUCAUGGGCUACAUGACUAAGCCCAAUUUUGCCAUCAUCACACAAUGGUGUGAAGGGAGCAGCCUGUACCGCCAUCUGCAUGUCUCUGAAACAAAGUUUGACACGAUGAGGCGGAUUGACGUGGCCAGACAGACAGCACAGGGCAUGGAUUAUCUUCAUGCAAAGAACAUUAUUCAUCGUGACCUGAAAUCAAACAAUAUUUUCCUCCAUGAAGGUUGGACUGUUAAGAUCGGGGACUUCGGGCUUGCGACUGUGAAGUCACGGUGGAGCGGCUCCCAGCAGGUUGAACAGCCCAGUGGAUCAAUUCUUUGGAUGGCUCCUGAGGUGAUCCGAAUGCAGGAUAGUAAUCCAUAUACAUUCCAGUCUGAUGUAUAUGGUUAUGGAGUAGUGCUGUUUGAGCUGAUGUCAGGGACGCUACCAUACUCCAAUAUCAACAACAGAGAUCAGAUAAUCUUCAUGGUGGGACGUGGUUAUUUGUCCCCAGACCUCAGUAAGCUCUACAGUACCUCACCCAAAUCAAUGAAAAGGCUAAUCAUUGACUGCCUGAAAUUCAAGCGUGAUGAGAGGCUCCUGUUCCCACAGAUCCUGGUAGCCAUUGAGCAAGUACAGGACCUGCUGCCAAAAAUUGAGCGGAGUCGCUCAGAGCCCUCUCUCCAUCGGGCCGUCCAUGCUGCGGACCUGAACCCUCUCCUGUUCCACACCACUGGACUGAUGCCCCCGUAAGAUUCCAGCUGCUGUCGGUGGAAAGGAUGCAGCCUUUUCUGAAAACCACAGAAUUCCAGUGCCUCUGAGAGGCUUCAGCUGCUUUUUUUUUCAGAAUUUCAUAACAGAUCCUUUCAGAGAACUUGGAGCUCCAGCACGCAAACACUGCAGGAAUGUUUUGUUCUUAUUUUCAUUCUUCAAAUGACAAAUACCUGUUUGACAACGGGAAGGGGAUUUUUUUAUCUUAUUUGUCAGCAGUUUAUGUAUUUCUUGAGUAUCUUCAAAGUGGGCAUUAGAUACUCUGACAGGGUGUCCAUUGUUUUAUGACAAACAAAUACUGCAGCAUUGUCUCAUACAGGCUCACAGCUUGCCAGGAUCACUGUGACCAUAAUGUAAAAGUCACAUCACAGCAAUAUCGGUCCUUCUCAUAGUACAUAGCUCUUUUGAUAACUAUGUAUGUUUUUUUUUUCUUUAGAGUGAACCCCCAAAACGCUGUUUCUCCAAUUACUUAAAAAAAACAUUAUUUAAAGCUGAGUGCAUGCGAUUUGCAGAUUUAUAACACCAUAACAAUACACAUGGAAAAAUGAAGACAAGACCCAAGUUGCAAGCCAGACAGAUUGAAUAUGUGAGCAUUAUGUAGCCUUUUUAAAAUGUCUACACGAUGGAAGUAAAUAUGUGCCACGAGGAUUUCAUUUAAAAAUGCCACUAAAAUUUUAUGUUGUAAAAUUCACAGUUUUUUCAAAGCGAUCACAUUUCCAAUAACUAUUUCAGUGUAACUUUUCAAUGGUCACAAAUUUGCCAUAUAAAUAAAUUCAGCCUUUAAAAUUAAAACGCAAUAUUUCCAAUCUCCUGAGAGUCACUGGAUUGGCUGGUUGUUAGACGAAAUUCAGACAGCGAAAUGUAGCCAGUUGAAUCUCAGGAGACUGAAAAUAAUGCAUUUGAGUUUUAAAGGUUGAAUUUUUUAAAUGGCAACUUUAACAUUGAAAAGUUAAAUUAAAAUACAGCUAUUGAAAAUGUGAUCACUUUGAAAUAAUGUGUAUUUUACAACAUGAAAUGUUCAGUGGCAUUUUUAAUUCAAAUCCUGGUGGCACAUGUUUACUUCCAUACUGCACGCACACACAAUUUAGAAGCCUGGAAAACAUUAGCGCAGUAAAUGUGGCUGAAGUCCAAAUCUGUUACGGGUUAUCUUAAUCACUGUUGCUCAAAUUCAGACCCAUUUUGUCAAAUAAACAUUAACAUACUAAUUGGUGAAUGAUGAGUAAUAUCAUAAAUGAAUAUGGAACACAGGAUUGACUUGUAAUGGUGUAUCAAAAGAACUGACAUUGACUUCAUUAUUUUUCUUAUUCAACUGUGAGUGUAUUUUUAUUUUAUUUUUUUGUAAACCUAGUGCUUGUAAAUUCGACAAACAGUAGUUGGAAGUAACUGGAGAGGAAGUGAUUGUGUUGAGUACAGCUCAUCAGAACAUUCCUUAAAAAUGGUGCUUCCAUAAGUGGAGAAAUCCAAGGCAAGUACCUCUGAAUCGCUUUCCCAUGUGACCAAUUUUCUACCCAGCUUGUCCAUCCGUGCACUUUCCAAACUUCUCAGAAUGUCUGACUCUGUAUUUGUUUGGUGUGAUGCUCAUGCUUGUUUGUAGAAUCUCCUAAAUCACUCGUCUGUGUACUCCCUUAUGUCAUGAAGUGCAUUGGGCUGACAAUGGAUGAAUUCUUUUUUUCUUGAACCAUGCCAAGAGCUGCUUCUCCGUUUAAACUAAUAUAUCCCACCAGUUGACAUUACUAGACAUAAAAGACUUAAAAAUACUGGCACUUGAAGGUCUUCUUUAAUGUUUAGCCCCAUUGUCUUUUCAAAAUCUGUCAUUGGUUGCUCACACAAAUGAGUUUAGCUGUGGUUAAUUUAGCGAAAGCAACAUAUAGUUAAGCAUAUAUUUGUCAUUUACUUGAAUAUUUAACCUUGUUGUUUCCAUUACAAAGUCUGUUUUAGUUUCAAUGUUGCCGAGAUUGAAAACAACUUGGUUUUGUAAAUACAAGGUCAAUCUAUUCAUUAAUUUCACUGUUCUUACACGUUCUUCCAUUUUCUAUACCACUUAUACUGUGCAGUCACAGGGAUGUUGGGGACUAUCCUUGACCUACAGUGAGAGGCGGAGUGCAGGCACUCUUGGGAUUAAAAAAGCGUCAAGUGCAGCAAUCCCAGUUAUAGAAUUGAAAAAGAAAAAUAAUGUCAUUUAUGUUUAGAUUUAAUUACAAUGUGGUUGCCCUGUCAAAUUUUGUAAUUUUUCACACCCACGUUGCUCUGGAUGCUGCUUUUAACUUUGGUUUAUCCUUAUCAGUAUGAGUGGCGCAAACUAGAAAGCCUAUAUGACUUUUGUUGUUGCAGCAAUACUGAUAGCAUUACAGACCGGGUAUAUCUGUAACAAAAGCAGAGGUGUCUCACUCAAUUUUGUGAAAACCUAAUUGUAGUUGUGGUUUAUCUUGGAGGGCUGUUAUGACUAUGAAACCAUAUAAAUACGCAAUAUAUAUAUAAUAUACGCAACAAGCAGGAUAAAAAUGAAAAUUAAAGACAAUUUUCCAUUUUGGUACAGAUUACAGUUACAUGAAGUAGAUGUACAUGAUGUGAGCUGCAUCUGGCACCAAGGCCUGGAGUUUGACACCAGCGAAGUAACACAUGGUGUUUGAGUGUAGUCAUAAAGCGUGCACUUUAUUUCCCCCCUUUUCCUCUUAUUGUGACAGUAUCUACAAACUCAUCUUCUUGCAGGAAUAUGUGAAAAUGGGAAGAACGGAGCAGUGUUUGGUCAUUGGUUUGUUGAUGGCUCUAGGUUUGAAUUCUGUCAAUUUAAUGUACUUUCAUCGCUAGAGAUUCAGCACUGAUACCAAUACACAAUUGUUUUAUGAUGACAAAUUGAACCAUAAACUUUGCGACUUGGGUUUUAGGAUUCUGUAAACAUGCUCGGCUUUGUUGCACUGAGAGAGAGAGCAGAUCUUGAUAGCAUUGGGUGUUUCCAACACAAGAUUACUUGAGAACAGACAUGUGGAUUUUCAUAAACAUUGCAGUUAGGGGCUGGGUACCCUAUGUGCUAACUCAUUCCACGUAGAAAUGGGGAUUUGUUGUUAGGAAAUAACCUUUAAUUUGGUGUUAAGAUGGAUAUUUGUGAACCAGGGUUGGAAAGACUAGGUCUUUCUUUUAUUUAUUAACGUCUUUACAGUUGCGGUGCCGUGCUUGCAGCAUUUUAGGGUAACUAAAUAGACAAAAUUGUUGAUAUGCUUGCAUUAAAAGGAACCGGGGGGUGAGGUGGAUAUUGAAAUAACUGACAAAGUAAUACAAAAUUUACUGAGAAUUGACUCUUAAGUUUGGCAUUGCUUCUAAUGACCCUGCAGAUUUGUUUCAAAGAACAUGAUGAAAAGUUUACUGCACGUUUAUUUAUUUUUGGUCAUUUUGAAUCGAACAACAAAUUUGUGUGUGUGUGUGUGU